AUGCGCCUACGAGACAGUAAACGAAUCUGGCGUCUAGCAUAUGCCGAAGACAAGUCAACCUUUCAGCCCAAAGACUUUUUGUACGAGCUGCUCAAUCGAUACAUUGGCGCAGAGAACUGGCGAGCCGAUGAGCAAACCGACCGCCUCUUUGUCUACACACUGGCGGCCAUCGGAGAACUGCGUGAUCCCAUGGACGUGGCAACCAUGAUCUACAAAAUUGGCCAAAUGGAUUGGUCUGUGACCGAGCCCGUGGCAGCGCAGUCCAUUCAAGAUUUCCAGGAGCAGCAGUGCUACCUACGUUAUGCUACGCCCACAACUGGACUUCACACGUGCUUUCACCGCGAUGGUGGUGCAACCGUCUAUUUGGGCGAGGAGAGUGAGUGCCCUAGCUUGGGCAUGUUCCGAGACCAGCGCCGCGAAGGCAUUGGGUUGAUGAUCCACGGCACGACGCGACCACUUGAACCUGCACAAGCUAAUCAUGUCCAUGAACACGACGCGCUCAACAGCGCUGAAGCCAAUCCUCAUG